AUGGGCGCUGAUUCGCAAGCUCCGCUCCGCUGGGGUUUCAUUGGUUGUGGCAAGAUUGCCAAUGACUUUGUCAAUGCCUUGAAAGGGAUGGCCGGCGAGACCGCGAGGCUUUCGGCUUGUGCUGCUCGAUUGCUUGAAAGUGCAGACCGAUUUGCCAAGACUCACGGAUUUGCUCAUGCCUACGGAUCAUACGAAGAGCUGUGUGAAGACCGCGACGUUGACGUGGUAUACAUUGCCACGAUUCACCUGAUGCACUUCGAUCACAUUUCGCUUGCUCUAAAUCACGGCAAGCACGUGCUGGUGGAGAAACCCAUGACAAUGAAUGCGAAGCAGACGACGUCCGUUGUCGAACUGGCCAAAAAAAAGAAUCUUUUCCUCAUGGAAGGUGUGUGGACUCGUUGCUUUCCUUUCCUGAAAUACGUGCGCCAGUUGAUAUCUGACGGAAACAUUGGCGACGUCCACCACGUUCACGGAGAUAUUAACAUUCCGUUCGUGAAUCCCAUGUCGAACUUUCGCAGCUCUUUGGGUGAUGGCGCACUUCUCGGCAUCGGGAUAUACCCCUUGUCAUUCGUGACGAUGGUGUUCGGUACGAAGCCACUGAAGAUCACUACCACCGGCAAAACCAGUUCGGGUGGGGAGGAUAUAUACGGUUCGGCAACUCUCGAAUACAGUGGCACCCGAGUUGGCACCAUCAAUUUCACAGCUUUGGCAAAUCUGGGCAACACUGUCACGAAUCGUGACACACGAUCACGGGUAGCAAAGGCAGGAUUCGCAUCCCCGAGCCUGCUCAUUGCGCCAUGGAGGUCGGCAGAGGCUACGUACACAGUCUGA